AUGCCUCGCUACGCGCAGCUGGUGAUGGGGCCGGCGGGAAGCGGGAAGAGCACCUACUGUUCUACAUUGGUCCAGCACUGUGAGUCUCUGAAUCGCUCUGUUCAAGUGGUUAAUCUGGAUCCUGCAGCAGAGCACUUUGAAUAUCCUGUUAUGGCUGAUAUCCGGGAACUUAUAGAGGUAGAUGAUGUGAUGGAAGACAGCUCUCUCAGAUUGGGUCCUAAUGGGGGACUUGUAUAUUGUAUGGAAUAUUUUGCCAAUAACUUUGACUGGCUGGAGAGUUGUUUGGGGCACACAGAGGAUGACUAUAUUCUUUUUGACUGCCCAGGACAGAUUGAGCUGUACACUCACCUGCCGGUUAUGAAGUACCUGGUAGAACAACUCCAACAGUGGGAGUUUAGAGUCUGUGGCGUCUUUCUUGUUGAUUCUCAGUUCAUGGUGGAAUCUUUCAAGUUUAUUUCUGGAGUAAUGGCAGCUUUGAGUGCUAUGGUAUCUUUGGAAAUUCCACAAUGCAACCUGAUGACUAAGAUGGAUUUACUGAACAAGAAAGCUAAAAAAGAGAUUGAGAAAUUUUUAGACCCAGAUAUGUAUUCUAUGAUUGAAGAUUCAACCAACAGACUAAGAAGUACAAAAUUCAAGAAGCUGACAAAGGCAAUUUGUGGAUUGAUCGAUGAUUACAGUAUUGUCCGUUUUUUACCAUUUGAUCGCUCAGAUGAAGAAUGCAUAAACAUUGUGCUCCAACAUAUAGAUGUUUCCAUCCAGUAUGGGGAAGAUCUGGAGUUCAAAGAACCAAGGGUGAGUGAAUUUCAGUGA